AUGGAAGCAUCAAAUGGCACGAGAAGUGGAUCGGGCGAUGAAGGAAGCAGUGAUACUCGGAAGGGGAAGAGGCAAUACCAUCGCCACUCAACGGAGCAAGUGCAGCAGCUCGACUCUUUUUUCAAGGAACAUCCACAUCCUGAUGAGAAUCAAAGACUACAAUUAAGCAGGAAAUUGGGCCUCGACUCUAAGCAGAUCAAGUUCUGGUUCCAAAACAAGAGAAGUCAAAAAAAGGCUCAAAACGAGAGAACAGACAACAACACCCUACGAGCCGAAAAUGAGAGAAUACGAUGCGAGAAUAUGGCUAUGAGAGAGGCUCUGAAAAACAUAAUCUGCCCUUCGUGUCGCGACCCCCUCCUUCAUAACGACAACGACAAACAAAACGGUUUGCUCAAACUUAAAAACGAAAACAUGAGAUUGAGACAACAGCAUGAAAGAACAAUGAGCUUCGUCACCAAUGGCACGGGAAAGCCAGCGGCUAACAGCCAUGUAAUCGACAGUUUUACGAGCACGACCCUUGAUGGCGACCGGAAUUGGGAGAAUCAGACGUCGGAUUUUUGCAUGAGUGGGAUGCAGGAGACGGAUAGAGCUAUGAUCUUGGAGGCGGCCUCGGCCGCCAUGGAUGAGCUGAUUGAGCUUCUACGCGUCGAAGAUCCCCUGUGGAUUAGCUCUGCUAACGACGGGAGAUCCACGUUGCAUCGUGAUAGCUACGAUAAACUUUUCCCAAAGCCCAACCACUUCAAAUCCGCCGCGGCCAGGAUAGAGUCGUCCAAGGAAUCCGGCGAGGUGGCCAUGCUGGCAACUACUCUGCUAGAAGCGUUUCUCGAUCCGGUGAAGUGGAAAGACAUGUUUCCGAGCAUUGUAACAAAGGCAAGAACCAUCCAAGUUCUUGACGCUGGAAUCUCCUUCAUCGGUUCUCUACAUUUGAUGUAUGAGAAAAUGCACAUUUUGUCGCCUUUAGUGGCGCCACGGGAGUUCUUCUUUAUCCGACACUGCAGACAGAUGAACACGAACACUUGGGCCGUCGUAGAUGUAUCCUACGACGUUUUCAGAGAUUCCUCCCCCUCUAGGUGUUGGAAGCUUCCGUCAGGAUGCAUCAUCAAAGACAAGGGCAACGGAAAAACAGAGGUGGCAUGGGUGGAGCACGUACAAGUGGACGACAAAUCGCUAACGCACCGUCUCUAUAGAGACUUGGUAUGCGGCAGCCAUGCGUAUGGAGCCAAGAGAUGGAUCGUUACGCUGCAGAGGAUGUGCGAGAGAGCUAUGCUCGCACUGGGGCCUACCACUGGGCCCACACACCAACUCGAAGGAGUUAUUGAGUCGGCGGAGGGUCGGAGGAAUGUGAUGAAGCUGUCGCAGAGAAUGGUGAGGAAUUUCUGCGAGAUGUUGAACAUGUCGGACAGACUCGAUUUCCCACAUCUGUCGGAACUGUACAACAGCGGAGUUCGUGUUUCGCUCAGGAAGAGCGACGGAUUAGGACAGCCUCAAGGCUUGAUUGUCAGUGCAGCUACCUCUCUCUGGCUUCCAUUUCGCCUCGCCCAUCUCUUUAAAUUCUUCACCGAUGAGGACAAAAGAGCUCAGUGGGAUAUUUUGUCGAGUGGGAAUCCUGUCAAUUCAAUUGCUCGCAUAUCAACAGGCGAAAAUUCUGGAAACUGCGUCUCUAUCAUCCAGCCAUUUGUGCCAAAAGAGAACAUGUUGAUGCUACAAGAAAGCAGCAUUGACUCGUUAGGAGGAAGCAUAAUAUAUGCCCCGGUGGAGCUCACGGCAGUGAGCUCCGUGGUGGAUGGCGAAGACAUUAUGACAAUACCGAUCCUGCCCUCGGGAUACGUGAUCUCUGGGGAUGGGCGCAGGGGGGUCGAGGGCUCGAAAAGAAGCUGUGGUUCGCUGCUCACUGUUGCUUUUCAGAUGCUAGUGUGUAGUGACUCGGUUUCGAAGCAGCUCAACAUGGAGUCUGUCGCCACUCUCCAUAGCCUUAUAAGCUCAACUGUUCAGAAAAUUAAACUGGCUCUACAUUGUCCUGACUUGGAUUAA